AUGUCAAACGUCCCAGUCCCUCCGAAUGUGAUGGUGCAGAUCUUCCCGAAGCCCGGCAAGGAAAAACGCGUAGAAGAGCUCAUCACCCACGUCGCCGAGCAAGUCCGCCAGCAUGAACCGUGGGUCAGCUUUUACCGUCAGUACAAAGCCAAGCACGUGGGCGGCUCGUCCGAGGCAGACGGUGCGGAGUAUGUCAUCGCCUUUAGGAUCGACGACAUGUCAAAAGUCCAGACUCGACGCGACCUGCAGCACCACCAAGAUAUCGCCAAGGCCAUACGAGAGGAAGAUCUGCUGCGUGCCCCUUUGAAGUACACCGAGCUCGUAGACAUGGGGUUCUGGAAGCGAUGA